UGCGCAUGUGGUAUGUUGCUUUCGUUGUUUUCGAGGCUCUGGAGAAAUUUUUGUUAUUGAAAAAUAUUUGUUUAUGGAGUUGCCUGUGGUGGUGAAAACCACUUUAUGAGGUGAUCAAUAUAUAAUAUCAGGAUUAGAAGGACCUAUCCAUGUUGGAUAUAGACGAAAUCGUCAGAUGAGAUGGAAGCUGACUUGGAAGAAUAUUUGU